ACCCACAACUACUAGCCAUGGAGUGGAGUAGGGGGCCCAUCAUCGGCCGGGGCUCCUCCGCCACCGUCUUUCUCGCCGCCGAUGCGUCCUCCGGUGAACUCUUCGCGGUUAAGUCUGCCGAGUUCUCCGAUUCCGGUCUGCUGCAAAAAGAGAAGUCCAUACUUUCUCAACUCGAUUCUCCUCACGUGAUCAAGUGCCUGGGAUUUGACAUCACGUGCGAGGAGAAUAAGGUUAUGUACAACGUUUUGUUGGAGUAUGUUUCCGGUGGGACCCUCUGUGAUGUGGUUAAGAAGCUGGGGAGUUGUGUUAGUGAACCCAUGAUUCGAUUCUGUGCUCGUGAGGUUUUGUUGGGGAUAGAAUAUCUCCAUUCGAAAGGCAUUGUACAUUGUGAUUUGAAGGGACGGAAUGUUUUGGUCAGUGAAGACGGUGCGGUUAAGAUUGCUGAUUUGGGGUGUGCGAAAUUGGUGGGAAAUGGAGGAGUUGUUAGUUCUGGAUUUUCCGGCACGCCGGCUUUUAUGGCGCCGGAGGUGGCGCGUGGCGAAGAGCAAGGAUUUGCAGCUGAUAUUUGGGCGUUUGGGUGCACGAUCAUCGAAAUGGCGAGUGGAUCUUCGCCGUGGCCGGAGAUGGACGACCCGGUUUCGGCUCUUUACAGAAUCGGUUAUUCCGAGGAUGCCGUGCCCGAAUUUCCCGGCUGGAUUUCCGGCGAGGCUAAGGAUUUCUUGAGCAAAUGCUUAAACAGAAACGCCAAAGACCGGUGGUCGGCAACGGAGCUUCUUCACCACCCGUUUCUGCAAAAUCCGAAUUCUAAUCCCGAAAAACUCGAAAUUCUUCCUAGGAAUUCUCCCACGAGUGUAAUUGAUCAAGGCUUUUGGGAAUCAAUUGAGCCGUCAAAAUCACCUGUCCCGGCCUCUCCCGUCGAUCCUCCGGCGAAUAGGAUCGGACGGUUGAUCGGAUCAUCAACCUUUCCCGAUUGGGAAGACGACGAGCAAGGUUGGGUGAACGUAAGAGGAAUAAUCGAAACUGUUAAUUUGUCACCUAUAGAAAAAACGGAUAAAACUAUAUUUCAAACUGAUUGCAACCUUGAUCAAGAAGAUGAAGAUGAGUUAAUGGAGGUGGAGCCAUUUCUCUUUCCAGAAGAUUUGGAGUGCUUGAGGACCGGCAAUGGAGGUUUUCUGUUUGAUUUUUUUGCAGAGAAGAUUAGCUUUAGUUCUAGGUUAGGUACAACAAUAAAUAUAGCAUUGUCACAUGAGAAUGUUAAACAUCAGUUAUCACUCGGAAUUCAAACUUUUAUGAAGAAUAUGAUUAAAAUUUCAUAUUUAAUGGACUCACAUAAUAUCAUUAUAAAGUUGUUGAUUAGAAGGUAACAA